CAUUGCUCCCCUCCUUCUCGAGUCGCUCGUGAUUCUCAGCACCGCAAUAACACGACAAAUCCCUGGGCCCCGCUGCUCCUCCCUCGACACCACAUCUUCGCGCACUUGAGAGGGUGCAGGUUCACUUCGACACACGCAGCCUACAGUACUCAAGCACAUAUUUCCCAAAAGAUUACAGCACCACUGUGGUUGGUCUACCGCCACAUCCACACAAUGGCUUCCAUGAGCAGGACAAGUGGCGCCCUCGCCCGCGCCUGCCAACAGCAGCCCAGCCUCCUUGCCUCAUACAGACUCCCCAGCCGAACGGCACGGUCACUGCGGCCCAUUCUUGCUGCAUCCAGCACAUCGUCCACGACGGGCAGACACAAUGGCGGUGCUGUCGCCAGCAAGCGGGCAGCUUCCAACAUGGCCACCUUCAAGAUCCCCAAGGUUCUGAACGAGCCCAAUCACCACUAUGCCAAGGGCUCCGAGCAGCGAGCUGGCCUCCUGUCGACGGUCGAGUCCAUGGCCAGCAGGGGACCUGUCGAGGUUCCCCUGUAUGUCGGCGGCAAGGAGGUCAAAACAAGCCAGACAGCUACUCAAAAGAACCCCUCAGACCACUCUCAAACCCUUGCCACUUACUCCCUCGCCAGCCCUGAGCAUGUCGACACCGCGAUAGAAGCUGCUCUUGCCGCCAAGCCGGCCUGGGAGUCUCUCCCCUUUGCCGACCGCGCUGCCGUCUUCCUCAAGGCCGCCGACCUCGUCUCGACAAAGUACCGCUACGACAUCAUGGCCGCCACCAUGCUCGGCCAGGGCAAGAACGCCUGGCAGGCCGAGAUUGACUCGGCUGCAGAGCUCGUCGACUUCCUCCGCUUCAACGUCCAGUAUGCCGAGGAGCUUAUGGCUCAGCAGCCCGCACACAACGCCCCCGGCGUGUGGAACCGCGUCGAGUACAGGCCGCUGGAGGGCUUCGUCUAUGCCGUGACUCCAUUCAACUUCACCGCCAUUGCCGGCAACCUCGCGGGCGCCCCGGCGCUUCUGGGCAACGUCGUCGUCUGGAAGCCCUCCGAUUCCGCCAUCCUGUCCAACUGGCUACUGCUCCAGAUCCUCCACGAGGCCGGCCUCCCCAAGAACGUCAUCCAGUUCGUCCCUGGCAACCCCGUCGAAGUCACCAAGCAGGUCCUUGCGCACAAGCAGUUCGCUGCACUACACUACACAGGCAGUACCGCCGUGUUCCGCCAGCUCUACGGACAGAUUGGCCAGGCCACUGCUGAGGGCCGCUACGUCGGCUACCCACGUAUCGUUGGCGAGACGGGUGGCAAGAACUUCCAUUUGGUCCACCCAUCUGCGGACAUUGACAACGCCGUGAUCCAGACGGUCCGCGGUGCAUUUGAGUAUCAAGGCCAGAAGUGCAGCGCCACGAGCCGCCUGUAUGUGCCCAAGUCACGCUGGGAAGAGUUCCGCACCAAGCUCGUCAAAGAGACCGAGGCCCUGCAGAUGGGCAAGCCCUGGGAUGUGCAGAACUUCAUUGGCCCCGUCAUUCACGAGCCCAGCUUCAAGAAGCUCUCGGGCGUCAUUGACGAGGCGAAGAACGACUCGAGCCUCGAGCUGAUUGUGGGCGGCGAGUACGACGGCAGCAAGGGCUACUUCAUCCGCCCGACCAUCUACCGCGCUGACAGCCCUUCGCACAAGCUGUUCCGGCAGGAGCUGUUCGGCCCGGUGCUGACCGCGUACGUGUACGACGACGCGGCGGGCGAGUCGGCGUUCCUCGAGGCCUGCAAGAUGGUCGACACUGCCAACGAGUACGGCCUCACUGGCUCGGUCUUUGCCACCGAUCGUGAUGCCGUCCGCGUCGCCGAGGAGGCCCUGCGCAACUCGGCUGGCAACUUCUACAUCAACUGCAAGAGCACCGGCGCCGUGGUCGGCCAGCAGCCCUUUGGCGGCUCUCGGGCCAGCGGCACCAACGACAAGGCUGGCAGCAUGAACCUGCUCAGCCGGUUUGUCAGCCCGCGCAGCUUGAAGGAGGAGUUUGUGCCCACGCUGAAGGUGGCGUACCCGAGCAACGAGGUUUAAAAAAGGAUGGGAGUUCAAUAGACACCCAGAGAUUUAUUUGAGCGUGGGGGCGGCAGAAGCAGGACUUGGAUUUCAGCAAUUUGCUGCAAAAAUAUGACUAGUCCUAUGCUAUGACUUUUACCGUAGAGGGCGCAUAUUCAUUUUUAUACGGCGUUUCCAAUCCACACAUGACUUUAAAGAUGACAAUAUGAAUCAAGAACAAACUUAUGUGCCAUGCUAG